AUGAUGCCUAGUGACUUAAGACUAAGUAGUGAUUGGCUGACAUCUUCUUGGCGAUUCAAUAGAGUACAUUUGCAACAAGCAACCAUCUACAUUUCACCAACCUUGAAUUCCUAUACAGUACACCAGGAUCCUCAUCACGAACAUAAUUUGGAUAACCAGUUGUACAAUGCGCCCAAGAUGGACGAGCAGAAAGACAAUAUGCUAUUCAUCCUCUCAUCCCCGCCACCGGAUGAACCACAACCAAUUACCACUCUCCGCUCCCAAGCCCAUGAUUUAAUCUCAAAUAUCAGCCUUGACACUCUCCCGACCACACUACAGGAUGUCCUCAGCCAAAUCAUAAAACCACUCUUCACAAAGACACACCGGAACUUGACAUCGACAGGCCGCAAGAACCUCGUCUCCAACACCCCAUCAUUUCUGAGUCCUCGCUUCGAAGUCGACGAACCAGAGAGAUGGAAAACCAACUUCACCGUACCCUUACUCACAUACAUACUAAGUGCCUACGCGAGACUCCUCUCCGACAGUCGGAAAUCAGUCAUCGAAGCACACUUCCACCUCCUCGUCCCUGCUAUUCUGAAUAUGAUCGACGACACCGACGCCACUUACAAGGCUUCUGGAGCUAACCUGCUCACAACGCUAUGCGAGAUCGUGAGGAGUCUGCAAAGCGACAUCAUACGCCGGACGGGAUUGGGCGAUGUCUUCUUCGAUGCAUUGAAAACGAAUUUCAACCUCCUUCCAACUUUGACGCCGGAGGAGGAUAGUCUUGGGAUCUUGGGAGCAGUGGUUCCAGCUUAUUUUGCGCUACUUGACAUCACUACCAAUACCGACACCAACAUUGACGCCAAACAACGGAAGGCUGGAACAGAUAGAUUGACAUGGCUGUACCGGCACGGCAUAAUCUCUGGCAUCGAGCAUUUAUCGUCCUCCGGAUCAUUCUCCUCGACGAUAUCAGUGCCCUUGACCACGUUCUUACUCGCACAAAUCCCUGCGGUAUUCGAGCUCAUGGGAAUGACAAGUGUACGGCAUUUUCAGGAGUUAUUACCCAUGUUGCGUGCGGGAUUGAUGGAUCCUUUCAUCCUGGCUGCACCCGGAAUGGUGCUCGCUGCGUUGGAUGUUUUGGACUGUGUGAUCAGGGUUGGGGAGCCGAGGAUCAAGGAAAAAUGGUGGCCGGAGAUUCUGAGGGGUGCGGUUGGGUGUUGGUGUAAUUGUUGUGAUGAGCCGCUUUCGAGAAGAAGGGAUGGAAGCGAGGUGGAAGAAGUGAUGGGUAGAUUGAGAGGCGUGGUGGUGAGUUUGGGAAAGGUGGUUGAUCGAGAAGUGUGGGAGGAUGUGCUUAUGCGGUUGAUUGACGAGGAAAGGGAGUUGGAGGAGCUUGUUGGCACUCAACGGGCAAUCAAGAAGAGGGUACAGAAAAGAGAGGAUGAGGGCAACGGCGACCAGUUGACUUCAACGGUAUGA